UUUCUCUAUUGCAUGCACUGUUUCAGAGUGGAAUUCAGCUUCAGGCAGAGAAAUGGGGAAAGGGUUCUUUAUCAGUAAAGGUGUUGGGGUAGUCUGCAUUAUUCUUGGAGCAGGGGCUGUGGCCACUAUUAUAGCUUUGAGUGUUGUUUAUUCCCAGGAAAAGGCAAAAAAUGAUGAUCAUGUGUCCCCAACAAAUGGAGCAACGACUCCAACCACAUCCAAGCCGACGACCACGACAACUACCCCCUCCAACAACCCUUGGGACAAGUAUCGACUGCCCAAAAGCCUGGUACCAGAAAUCUACAACAUCACACUGUGGCCUCGGCUUACUCCAGAUCCAAAGACUGGGCUCUAUAUUUUUACAGGUGAUUCCAGUGUCGACUUUAAGUGUGCCGAGGAGACAAAUCUGAUUCUCAUCCACUCCAAUAAGCUGAACUACACCAAAUAUGAGAAUAACCACAUGGCAAUGCUCAUUUCGCUGGAUAGUGGAUCCAAAGCUCCCUCAAUUGUAUCCUCCUGGCUCCAGAAUGAAACUCAGUACCUAGUCUUAACGCUGGACGGUAAGCUGAUGAAGGACCACCGGUACAGGCUUCACACCAUGUUCACUGGAGAACUGGCUGAUGACCUCGGAGGCUUCUAUCGAAGUGAAUACACGGGAGCUGCGGGGAAAAAGAUUGUGGCAACAACUCAGAUGCAGCCAACAGAUGCAAGGAAAGCCUUCCCUUGUUUCGAUGAGCCGGCUAUGAAAGCGGUUUUCCACAUCACUCUGAUUCAUGACCACGGAACUGUGGCACUCUCGAAUGGCAAAGAAAAAGAAACGCGCAAUGUUACCAUCGCCGAUCAGGCUCUACUGCAGACAGAUUUUGAACCAACUGAGAAAAUGUCCACCUAUCUUUUGGCGUUUAUUGUCAGCGACUUUAUCAAUAUCAACAACACGAUUGAUAACGUCAUGAUCCGGAUCUUUGCCCGCAAAUCUGCUAUUGAGGCUCGCCAAGGAGAAUAUGCUCUUAACAUAACUGGACCAAUCCUGAAGUUUUUUGAGAACUAUUACAAUUCCACGUACCCACUGCCUAAAUCAGAUCAGAUAGCCCUGCCCGACUUUAAUGCUGGAGCCAUGGAGAACUGGGGACUCAUCACCUACAGGGAAACGGCGCUCCUCUACGAUAAAUCCUUCUCCUCCAACGGCAACAAGGAGAGGAUUGCUACCAUUAUCAGUCAUGAAUUGGCUCAUAUGUGGUUUGGGAAUCUGGUCACCCUGAGAUGGUGGAAUGACUUGUGGCUGAAUGAAGGUUUUGCCUCGUAUGUCGAGUAUCUCGGAGCACAUGAAGCUGAACCUGAGUGGAAUGUGAAAGAUCUCAUUGUGCUGAAUGAUGUGCACCGGGUGUUUGCCAUUGACGCUUUGGCCUCCUCUCACCCUUUGUCGUCGAAAGAAGAAGAUAUCCAGAAACCGGCACAAAUCAGUGAGCUGUUUGAUGCCAUUUCAUACAGCAAGGGAGCAUCUGUCCUGAGGAUGUUGUCAGAUUUUCUCUCUGAAGGUGUCUUCAAAAUGGGCCUCAGGACGUACCUGGCUGAAUUUGCAUAUGGAAAUGCGGUUUAUACAGACCUGUGGAAACAUCUGCAAAUGGCUGUUGACAAUGCUGGCUCCGGCGAUCUUCCUGAAACGGUCCAUAAUAUCAUGAACACGUGGGUUCUGCAAAUGGGCUUUCCCGUGGUUACAAUCGACACAACGACUGGAGUUAUAAGCCAGAAACAUUUCCUCCUGGAUCCGGACUCCGAAGUUACUGCUCCAUCCCCUUUUAAUUAUGAAUGGAUUAUACCCAUCAAUUGGAUGAAGGCUGGAGUCCCCCAAAUUCGACGAUGGCUAUCGGGCAAAACAGAUACAGUCGAGUCCAUGAAGUUAACGGGGUCCGACUGGCUCCUGGCCAAUCUCAAUGUGGUGGGUUACUACAGAGUUAACUAUGACCAAGGUAACUGGGACAGGCUGCUGGAGAUUCUGAGCAGCGCUCACGCCAACAUACCAGUGAUCAACAGGGCUCAGUUAGUGGAUGACGCCUUCAACUUGGCAAGGGCAAAGCUCAUCCCCACGGUGCUGGCUCUUAAGACCACCAAGUAUCUGGGUAAAGAAACGGAGUAUAUGCCCUGGGAGUCGGCCCUGAACAACCUGGACUUCUUCUACCUCAUGUUUGAUCGUAGCGAGGUGUACGGUCCCAUGCAGGAUUAUUUGAGGAAGCAGGUCAUCCCACUCUUCAACCAUUACAAGAAUAUUACUGACAACUGGACCAAAGUACCAAAAGGACACAUGGACCAGUACAAUCAGGUGAAUGCCAUCAGUGUGGCUUGCAGGACAGGCCAUCAGGAAUGCCAAACUCUGACUCAGGCCUGGUUCAAGCAAUGGAUGGACGAAAAAAGGAACCCAAUAGACCCCAACCUCCGUUCCACCACAUACUGCAAUGCCAUCGCAGCAGGGGGCGCUAAAGAGUGGGAAUUUGCUUGGUCCGAAUUUCAAAAGGCCACCAUUGCUAGUGAAGCGGAAAAACUCCGCGCUGCAUUGGCCUGCACAAAGCAGCCUUGGCUGCUCAAUAGGUACCUGGAAUAUACACUGAAUUCCACGUUGAUCCGAAAGCAGGAUGCCACCUCCACCAUUGUCUACAUUGCCAACAAUGUGAUCGGUCAGCCCUUGGCUUGGGACUUCAUCAGGGCACAUUGGUCAUACAUUUUCACCCAGUAUGGCGGUGGAUCUUUUUCCUUUUCCAACCUCAUCAAUGGAGUCACCAAACGGUUUUCCAGUGAUUUUGAACUUAAACAGCUAAAGCAAUUCAAAGCAAAUAAUGCGGAGGUUGGUUUUGGCUCUGGGACGCUGGCUAUUGAUCAGUCCAUCGAGAGAACCAUCGCCAACAUGAAGUGGAUAGCAGACAACAAGAAGAGUGUCCAAAGUUGGUUCGAAGCUGAAGCUAAACUGUUAUGAUGCCUUCACUUGCCACCGAAUUAAAAAAAAAAAAAAGUCUCUUGUUUAACAAAUUCAUUUUUUUAUGUUGAUCCUUUCUGCUUGACGCAGUAAGCAUAUUUUUUUUUGGGUAUUUUUCCCCUUGAAAAUAUAAUCUUAAAAAUGA